AUGGUCGCGUGGCGUCCGCGUCCUGCCGGGUCCGCGAGGUGUACGGUGCAGGCUGCGCAAGCCCCCGUCCUGCCCGCCCCUCCGCAAGUCUGCGGUUGUGGCGGGGGCCGCGUGUGGGUUUCUGGGCCCCGGCGGUGGUGGUGGCGGCGGCGGCGGCGGAACGGGCGCCUUCCCAGCCGCGCAGGAAGCGGCCUCGGCCGGAAAGGGGGCCCCGGGCGCCGCCGCUGCCCCUGCCGAGCGCCCUUCCGGCGGGCGGGCGGAGCGGAGCCGAGCGGAGCCGAGAGGGGCCGAGUCCGGGGCGGGCGGGGCCGAGCGGAGCCGAGUCGCGGCCGAGCGGAGCCGAGUUCCUGGCGGACGGGCCCGAGCGUGGCCGAGCCGGCCCGAGCCCCGGGCUGGGCGGUGGCGGAGGAGGGGGGGGAGCGCGCGUUCUUGGAAGAGCCAGGCCGGGAGGCGGUCGCAUUCCUGGCCGGCGUUCGGCUGAGGCGGACGCGCGGCUCCAGACGGCGCGAGAGGCGGGGCGGCGGCGCGGGGCGGGGCGGCGCGGGGCGGGGCGGCGGCCCGCACCCGGGGCUGCAGAAGACGCUGGAGCAGUUCCACCUGAGCUCUAUGAGCUCGCUGGGCGGCCCGGCCGCCUUCUCGGCGCGCUGGGCGCAGGAGGCCUACAAGAAGGAGAGCGCCAAGGAGGCAAGCGCGGCUGCCGUGCCGGCGCCGGUGCCCGCGGCCGCGGAGCCGCCGCCCGUGCUGCACCUGCCAGCUAUCCAGCCGCCGCCGCCCGUGCUCCCCGGGCCCUUCUUCAUGCCGUCCGACCGUUCCACCGAACGCUGCGAGACCGUGCUGGAGGGCGAGACCAUCUCGUGCUUCGUGGUGGGCGGCGAAAAGCGCCUGUGCCUGCCGCAGAUCCUCAACUCGGUGCUGCGCGACUUCUCGCUGCAGCAGAUCAACUCGGUGUGCGACGAGCUGCACAUCUAUUGCUCGCGCUGCACGGCGGACCAGCUGGAGAUCCUCAAAGUCAUGGGCAUCCUGCCCUUCUCGGCGCCCUCGUGCGGGCUCAUCACCAAGACGGACGCCGAGCGCCUGUGCAACGCGCUGCUGUACGGCGGCGCCUACCCGCCGCCCUGCAAGAAGGAGUUGGCCGCCAGUCUGGCGCUGGGCCUGGAGCUCAGCGAGCGCAGCGUGCGUGUGUACCACGAGUGCUUCGGCAAGUGCAAGGGGCUGCUGGUGCCCGAGCUCUACAGCAGCCCGAGUGCCGCCUGCAUCCAGUGCCUCGACUGCCGCCUCAUGUAUCCCCCGCACAAGUUCGUGGUGCACUCACACAAGGCGCUGGAGAACCGGACCUGCCACUGGGGCUUCGACUCGGCCAACUGGCGGGCCUACAUCCUGCUGAGCCAGGACUACACAGGCAAGGAGGAACAGGCGCGCCUUGGCCGCUGCCUGGACGACGUGAAGGAGAAGUUUGACUAUGGCAACAAGUACAAGCGGCGGGUGCCCCGGGUCUCCUCCGAGCCCCCGGCCUCCAUCCGGAAAACAGAUGAUGCCCCCUCCCAACUCCCUACGUCUUCUGAGAAGGACAAACAGUCUGGCUGGCUGCGGACCUUGGCCAGCUCUAGCAAGAGCCUUGGCUGCGUUCACCCUCGCCAGCGCCUCUCUGCUUUCCGACCCUGGUCCCCUGCAGUGUCCACGAGUGACAAAGAGCUCUCCCCGCACCUCCCGGCCCUGAUUCGAGACAGCUUUUACUCCUACAAGAGCUUCGAGACGGGUGUGGCCCCCAACGUGGCCCUGGCACCGCCGGCCCAGCAGAAGGUCGUGAGCAGCCCGCCAUGUGCCACCGUGGUCUCCCGGGCCCCCGAGCCUCUGGCUACCUGCCUCCAGCCAAGGAAGCGGAAGCUGACCGUGGACACCCCCGGAGCCCCGGAGACGCCAGUGCCCGUGGCCGCCCCGGAGGACGACCGGGACUCGGAGGCUGAGGUGGAAGUGGAGAGCAGGGAGGAGUUCACCUCCUCCCUGUCUUCGCUCUCCUCCCCAUCCCUUACCUCAUCCAGCUCCGCCAAGGACCUGAGCUCCCCCGGCGUGCAUGCCCCGCCCGCCGCGCCCGCCGCCCCCGAGGCUGCGGCCCCUGCUGACACCAUGAGCGGUGGCCUGGAGGCCGAGUUGGAGCACCUGCGGCAGGCCCUGGAGGGCGGCCUGGACACCAAGGAAGCCAAAGAGAAGUUCCUGCACGAGGUGGUGAAGAUGCGCGUGAAGCAGGAGGAGAAGUUGAGCGCCGCGCUGCAGGCCAAGCGCAGCCUCCACCAGGAGCUGGAGUUUCUGCGUGUGGCCAAGAAGGAGAAGCUGCGGGAAGCCACGGAGGCCAAGCGCAACCUGCGGAAGGAGAUCGAGCGCCUCCGAGCCGAGAACGAGAAGAAGAUGAGAGAGGCCAAUGAGUCCCGGCUGCGCCUGAAGCGGGAGCUGGAGCAGGCGCGUCAGGUGCGGGUGUGUGACAAGGGCUGCGAGGCCGGCCGCCUGCGCGCCAAGUACUCGGCCCAGAUCGAGGACCUGCAGGUGAAGCUGCAGCACGCGGAAGCGGACCGUGAGCAGCUACGGGCCGACCUGCUUCGGGAGCGCGAGGCCCGGGAGCACCUGGAGAAGGUGGUGAAGGAGCUGCAGGAGCAGCUGUGGCCGCGGCCCCGCCCCGAGGCUGCGGGCAGCGAGAGCACUGCCGAGCUGGAGCCCUAG